CGAAGCUUAUAUGCGGUGCGCGGGCAAGCUAGUGAAAAUCACGAAAUUCAAAUAUAAAUAUAAACUUUUGGUUAUUGCCAUGAAUUAUCACGUUGUAAUAAGUGCAGAGUAAAUAAAAUAACUUGUGAAUAUCUUUAUAGGAUGUUUACUAAUUAGUUGUGUAUUUAAAAAUGGCUGAAUAUUUGGCUUCGAUUUUUGGUACUGAAAAAGAUAAAGUUAACUGUUCUUUCUACUUCAAAAUUGGAGCAUGCCGGCAUGGUGACAGAUGUUCUCGGAUCCAUAACAAGCCUGCUUUCAGUCAAACGGUUUUGUUGCAGAACUUGUAUCACAAUCCUCAAAUCUCUGCUCAACCUCUUGAUGGAUCACAUCGUGAAUUUUUAAAUAAUUUAUCCGAGCCCGAAGUGCAGGAACAUUUUGAUAAUUUUUAUGAAGAUGUGUUUGUUGAACUGGAAGAGAAAUAUGGAGAUAUAGAGGAAAUGGUUGUUUGUGACAACCUUGGAGAUCAUUUAGUUGGCAAUGUGUAUGUAAAGUUUCGUAGAGAAGAAGAUGCAGAAAAGGCUGUUGAAAAUCUGAAUACUCGAUGGUUUGCUGGACGCCCAAUUUAUGCAGAGCUUUCUCCAGUAACUGAUUUUAGUGAAGCAUGUUGCAGGCAGUAUGAAGUUGGAGAAUGCAAAAGAAGUGGAUUUUGCAAUUUCAUGCAUGUGAAAGCUGUAUCUAGGGAAUUGAAGCGUGAGCUAUAUAGCAGAUAUAGAAGACACAGAUCUCGUAGCCGUGGUCGCAGAAGAUCCCGCAGUCGCAGUCGAGAUAGACGUCGCCGAUCCCGCAGUAGAGAAAGAAGAAGAGGUGCAAGAUGACCAAUAGGAUAUGGAUAUAAAAGCUUUCUCUAGCAUUCAUUAAAAAUGUUUUAGCUUCUCAUCUCAUGAGUUUUCGUCAAAUGUAUAUCUGUAUAUCAACACAGUUUUAAAUUAUACAUAAAUGUUGAGAUUUAUACUUACUGACUGAAGUAUUCUUUCCCACCAUAGUGGAAGUACAGGUUAUUAUAUAAAGAAUAACUUUAUAAUACUAUCAUCUCUUCUUUUAAUUAAAAAAAAGUAUUAGAACCUAUUUUAUUAUCAAUUAUUACUAAAUUCACAGUGGACUAUGUUUGUGAACUCAGUCAUAGCAUUUAUUUAUACUAUUAUUUUUUUUCUCCAGUUUAGGGAUGCUUGCAUUUGAUUUUGACAUGACUGAAAUAUUAGUUAAUGUAUUAAUACUAAAAAUGUUGAACAGACAUUGAAAUAUUUUUAUUUAAUAUUUAUAAAUUCUGUAAAAUUUUUAUUUAAUCUGUUUGAUUUUGUUGAUGCCAUUUAAAUGAAAAGUUUUCUAUUUUCUCUGAAGGGGAAAGGUACACCAUUUCAAUUUUCAGUGGAAGCUUUAUAAAAGAAGUUAUGUGAUAACUUUAAGUGGAUUAUUAAAAAUUGAAAGAGCAAUUAAACGCACACAUCCUUUGGCAUUUACAAUUGAUAAUACUUUGAAAGUAGUGUACUUUUUUAUUUGCAUAGCUUUGGGUAAUUAUCUAAUAUUUGAACUUUUUUUGUAGAUUAGCUAUUGAAAAUUAUUUUUAUAUUGUUCUCUUCAUUUCUUAUGUAAUUAUCAAUUUAGACUUACUUUUUUUUCAUGUUGAAAUGAAAUGGAGAUCAUUUUUAUAUACCAUUUAUUAAAUUAAUGAAAGUAAAAAUAAGAACAAGGACACAAAGAUACUUUUUGUACAAAGUACAAAGCCUUGGACUUGAUAUAAACUUCACAUUCAAAAUAUUUGCUAAAUACUUUUUAUGAUUAAUGAAAGAAUUUCCGUGUCAAUAAACAAAUAAAGUUUAUCUUUAAAUUGUUUAAUAUUUUAUUCCUAAAUGUAAUUUUAGAUAUUGUUAUUUUAAUUUCUGAUGUGCUGCAAUAGUCUCAAAUUUUCAUAUUUUAAAUACAUCUCUUCCUUCAAUUAUAUUGCAUAAGGUGGAAAUAAGAAUAUUCAAGAGUAUACAAUUUUGGCAUUAAUUCCUUCUGUAAUAUCUAUUGUUCUCUUUCUUGCAUCACCUUGAUUUUAUAUAUAUAAAGGCUGUUAUAAAAUGAAUGAAGAAAAACAAUUAACCAGAUUAAGCAGUAUUAUUAUGUGUAAACCUUUGUUUAUCAUUUGUCUUUGUAUUUUUCAAAUGCUUGAAUGAAAUUUGAUAUUACACUAAAAGUUUUUGGUGGAAAUAUUUUUCCAAAAAUUAUAUUGCUUAAAGUGGUUGAUACAUAUUCUUUUUGAGGAUCUCUUUCUGAUCUCAUGUAUUGAAUAAAACACAAAAGAAAAGAAUUUCAUUUUAUUUUUAGUGAUGGCCAAUGUAGUUUAACUUGAAAUUUUACGAAUAGUUUUAUUCAUAAAGUUCAGUUCUUUUCCUAUGAAAGUUAAAGUUCCUGUAAAAUUUAUCGCAAUCAAAAAUUUUGUUUUAAAGAAAAAGCUAUAAAAUCUUCAUUUUAAAUUCAAAGAUACUAUGUUUGUCUUCUAUUUUCUAAAAGAAAAAUGGAAACUGCAUUAAAAAUUUCUAACAAUUUGAAAUGACAUGCAUUAAAGUUGGAUAUACAGUUUCCAUUAAGAGCAUUGCCAAUAUAUGAGACCUUGCUUUUUUUGUUUAUGUUCAAAAUGAUAUUUUUUGUAAUUAGAAAGAUAUUUCUUGCUGUUAGGGAAACAUUGUAUAGAAUAAUAUGUCUUUUUUAAGUUAUAUUUUUGAUUUAAAACUAAACCAUUAUUUUUUUAUAUUGCUUUGUAUAGAUUAAUUGGAUUUUAUAUAACUUAAAAUAUAAUUAUGUAAUAUAUUGUACAUUGUAAAUUUUACUAAGCAAACAUUCCAUAUAAUUUGUUUCAAGAUGUUUCAAAACUAUGUGCAUGUUUCUCAAUGUUUUUUGCGAUGCCAUUUUUAGUACUGUAUUUGGCAGAUAUAUAAAAUAGUUAAAUCAUGUAUCAUAAAUAUUUUUAUUGCUAAAUUGAUUUUUAGCAUGGAUGAUUGUGUUUCAUACAUUAUGCUUUCCAAGAACAAAAAUGUACAUUUUUUUCCCCUGAUAUUAACUAUUGUUCUCUAAUUUUGUCUAGUUAGACUUGUCACCAUACAAGAAUUACUUCAAGUGCUAACUUAUCAAAUUUUGGCAUUCUGGAAAAUUUCAGUUUCAAGUCUUAAAUGAAAAUUUUUUUUCUUUCUUAUUGCUGUUUCUAUCUAAAAUGGCCACUAUUUGACAAAUGCUUUGCAAUCUUGUUAAUGAGACCAUUCCAUAUUUUAUAGAGAUUUCAUUAGAAUAUUGAUAGUAAUAUUCCUAAUAAUUUACUUUUUGUAUUUACAUACAAUGUCCUUUUAUCAAAAUCAUCUUUAUAAAUUCCUUCAAGGUCUCAAGCAUUUUGAAAUGUAUGUAAACUCCUGACAUUUAGAGAAUAACAGCCUUUGUUGUUUCAAAUUUACUUUUUAUUAAUGGUGAGAUAUCUAAAAUUAUUAGGAAUUUAGAAAGCUCCAUCCAUUAGAAAGAAAAAUUGAUCCAUAGUCAAAGGGGCAAAGAAAUGUGUAUUUUUUCAAAUAGCAAAUUUUCAUGUAUAAAUCGUUGAUUGGUUUGUAUACAAGAAAAAAAAAAUGCCUCUAAAAAACUGUUCCGAUUAAAUUUUAAAAAAAACUAUUAAUAAACAACAAUUUUGUUUUUUGGAAUGGAGGGCAUUAUCCUAUUUUACAUUGGUUUUAUUGGAAAAAAUUUUUUCAUUUGAAUGUUUUGCAUUACAAUUAAGAUUUCUUAAACAAAUUAUGCUCAUUGAGUGAAGUUCCACUGUAUUUAAAAUAUCUUGAAAAAAUUUACUAUAAAAUGA